ACCACACUCCCACACUCCCACACACAUACCACCUCCACCUCCACCCUACCACCACCUCCACCCCACCUCCACCCCACACACAUACGCACACGCACCACGCAUACACUCUCUCUCCUUCCUCAUCUCAUAUCCAUGUCGUCGUCCUCUUCGUCGGACGAGUUCCACUCGGCCGAGGAAGAGAUCGCCCCUGCUAGUGCCUCCUCCACACCCGCUCGGGAUACCGGCAAGGAAGAGGUGGACCUCCCCUCGGCGCAGGCAGCAGUCACGGCGACAGCAGGCACGGCGGCGGCAGGCACCGCUGACGGUGGAAAGGGGCCUGGGAGCAUGUACGACGCGCAGGCGCUGCAGAAGACGGUGGCACAGCAGACGGUCUUCUCUCGAAUGGUAGUCUUUACGGCAGAUGCUAUCCUGGCAGCGUCGUACACUGUGAGCAACGACGAGGCUCCGUAUCUGGCCUCGGUCUUUGAUGAUCGCACCGCCUCGGUCCGCGACGGCUACGACAUCGACGGCAUGCACUUUGAUGUCCAUCGCUUCUAUGACAACCUCGUGUACGGCCGCUUUGGAUACGAUGAGGCCUCGGUUGCCUUUGGCGUCGUCCGCUUCCCGCGCGAGGCCUACGCCGACUUUAUCUACGUUGCCGUCACCUUUGAUUCCCCCAUGACCACCGCCCGUGGCCUCCCGCUUCUCCAUCGCUUUGUCUCUCAAAGCAUACUUCCGCUCCUGGGCAUGUAAAACCCACCAUCUCCAC